GGGAGAGGCUGCCGUAGAGUAGGAUGGUCUGCGAGGCUCCCUGAGUCAGAGGCGCUUACAGCAGCUUCGGGGACUGGGGCCACCGGGCGGCUUUCACCAUGCAUCAGUCCCUGACUCAGCAGCGGUCCAGCGACAUGUCCCUGCCCGAUUCCAUGGGAGCCUUCAAUCGGAGGAAACGAAAUUCCAUCUAUGUCACUGUGACUUUGCUUAUUGUGUCCAUGUUAAUUCUCACGGUGGGCCUUGCUGCAACCACCAGGACCCAGAAUGUGACUGUUGGAGGCUAUUACCCAGGAGUUAUUCUCGGCUUUGGAUCAUUCCUUGGAAUCAUCGGAUCAAACCUUGUUGAGAACAAGCGGCAGAUGCUGGUGGCUUCAAUUGUGUUUAUCAGCUUUGGUGUGAUUGCAGCUUUCUGUUGUGCCAUAGUUGACGGAGUCUUCGCUGCCAGACACAUUGAUCUGAAACCACUCUAUGCUAAUCGAUGCCACUAUGUCCCCAAAACAUCCCAGAAGGAAGCUGAAGAGGUGAACUGCCCUCAUCUCAGCCAUGGGUUCUGCACACCUCGCAUCCGGGGUAACACCUGCUUCUGCUGUGACCUCUACAACUGCGGCAGCAGGGUAGAGAUCACUGGUGGGUACUAUGAAUACAUCGAUGUCAGCAGCUGCCAGGACAUCAUCCACCUCUACCACCUACUCUGGUCUGCCACCAUCCUCAACAUUGUCGGCCUGUUCCUGGGAAUCAUCACUGCUGCAGUCCUUGGAGGCUUUAAGGACAUGAAUCCUACCCUUCCAGCACUGAACUGUUCUGUUGAAAAUGCUCAUCCUACUGUUUCUUACUAUGCUCGUCCUCAAGUGACAUCGUACAACACCUACUACCACAGUCCGCCACAUCUGCCACCUUACUCUGCUUAUGACUUCCAGCAUUCCAGUGUCUUUCCAUCCUCCCCUCCCUCUGGACUUUCUGAUGAGCCUCAGUCUGGCUCUCCUUCGCCCAGCUACAUGUGGUCCUCAAGUGCACCACCUCGUUACUCUCCACCCUACUAUCCACCUUUUGAAAAGCCACCACCUUACAGUCCCUAAAGAGAGAAUGCCUACUAGCUAUUGAGAUUAUUGUGGCUUUUGUAUUUCUGCUUUAGUGGAAGUAUGUAGGAUAUAAAACUUCAAGUGUGAUCCUUAAUGCAUAAAGUUUUACAACAGCCUGCCAGGCUAGGGAAAGAUAGGGAUGAAGGUUGUUACCAGUGCAAAGGAAGGAUGACUAGGCAGAACCCAGCACUUCCAAGCAGAGCAGCUCAAGGUUGGAGUGCCGGCCGAGCAAGAAGACUGUCAUGUUUGGACUUGCAUUAUCCUAGGCUCCACUUCUGUAUUGAGCAAGUGUCACUGACAUCUGUGUCACUUUAUGUAAAGGAGUGUUGUCCUUGGGCCCUUGGCAAAUUGCCACUCUAGCACCUUGCUUAAAGUACUUGGCUUACAAGGCCCUAUCUUUCCCUACUGAUGUUCAGUCCUUAAGGAAAAUUUCUCAAGAUGAUGGUUCCAGUAGACAGAGUUCUGGCUAAGAUUUUGUUUGCUUUUUAUCUGGAUAUAAAAAAGCUGCCUAUAUCUCUUUUUUUUCUGUGAGUAUUAUAAAAAUGGCUGUUGUGAUCAUUCAGCUCAGCUUUUGUCACUGGUACCUCCUAAAGGGAAAAGUGCAAUAUUCUGAGGGAAGCAGAAUUGUUCAAGCACUGAAAUACAGAGCAACCUGUGAAUUGUUUUAAGUAGAUUUCAGUAAUACAUCUUAUAAAUUUAAGAGAUUGAGAUUCUACUAUAUGUUGUGUUACUACAAAAUACAUUUGCUGCAGGAGAUAUCUUACAGUUGAAAACCAGAGUUUAAAGACACUAGAUUAAGUUGGGUUGUAAUAUGAAUUGUUUUACUAAUCUUUGUGACUAUUUAAUCUUUAAAUAUUGUGCUUCAAUCCCAGCAAACCGCACGUAUUCUGCACCUCACCUCCAAAAGAAUCAUUUGUAUUUCAAUGCCACUGCCCUUAUUGGUCCUUUUUUUCUGUUGAGACCAAUCAUGAUAGUGUUAAUUCAAGAUUAUGAAAAGUGUUACAAUGUCUCAAGUCUGUAAAACCCCCAAAUGUAGCUAACUUGACAAAUUUCUAAGUGUUAUGGUAGAUUUAAAAUCCAUCUGCCAUUGUGGUAUUGCAGUUCUUUUAAUUAUAAUACCUUUAAAUCAGUAGCCUAAUGAGUUAAGAACAUUUUGGAAUCCAUGCCUUUUAGAGUCACCACCUUCACCAAGCUUUUAUGCUAAUGUGAGAAUUGGUUUAAAAGGAAGACUGAUAAUCCUACCCUUGUAUAACAUAAAGAUGUAUGGGCUACAGAAGAGUGCCUAAUUAGAUAGUUCUGUGAACACAGAAUACAUACUGGAAAAAUUUCCAGCAAAUUUUGCCACCUCUCAACGCGAUGGAUUAGAGGUAGCAGACAAAUGCUGGCACUCCAUCUACCUUACAGACACCUGACCAUCAAAAAUCAUCAAGGCAAAAGUGCAUUAUUCGUAACCAUUUACAAAAUAUUGUUUCAUUUUCAGCAUCAUAAAUGUUGUCUUAUAUAGAUUCCAAAUCUGAAAUACUAUAAUCUUUUUGUGUUAUACAAAACUAUUAUUAUUUUUACAGUUCUGAGAAUAUCAAAAUUCUACUGGAUAUCAAAAAAGGACUAAUGACCAAUUGACUUACUAUACAAAUAUUAGCUUGUAUACUCAAUAUUUUUUUGCCACUUACACUUUACCUCUUGCUUUAGUAAAUGUGUAUUUUUAAAGGUACCGUUAGACAGGAUAGCCUACAUUUACAUUUCUUAAAGCGUGAAGAUUCUAAGACUCAUUUCUAUGUAUUUUUCUUAUUUACAAAAUAACUUGACAAUAUAGAUUUUGUAACACUUAAUUUAAGCAGUUUUUAUUACAUUGAACUAUAUAAUGUCCAUGUUACCUUAAAAAAUAUUUGCUGCUUUACUCUUUUGCAAAACAUUUGCUGUAAUGAAGGAAUUUGUAUUUCCAGUAUAUAUCUCAACUGCAUUUUGUAAUUUAUGGCUUUAAUCCUAAUUCUGCUUUACAGUAUUGAACUGGGCAUGAAACAUUAAAAUAUUAAUCCAGAAACUAUGUAAACUGGAUGUUGCUUAAAAUCUGUAUCACUGCCAUGU